CGCCGGAUCGCAGAAGCGCAGCUGGGGAACUUUUCUCAGCCCAGCCCCCAGGGUGCUAGAGGGUCAGAAAGGACCCGCCUUGCCCAGCGGGGCGAAGGUUGUUCCCAAGGCCACGUGAGGCUUCCUCGCCCCUAAAAGCCCCAAACCGGCAGGGCUAAUGGCAGAGUAAGGACGCCCAGACAUCGGACACGCGGCGCCCCGCUGCCGGCUCGAGAGCCGCUCCAGCAACAGCUACCUCGUCCAACCCAGGGGAGGUCGCGGCCGCCGAGCCAUGCCCCCCCGCAGCCGGGACGGACGCCCCGCGCGGCCCGCGCCGCCCACCCCGUCGCCCCCGCCGCUGCUGCUGCCGCUGCUGCUUUUGGUGGCCGCCGCGGUGCCGCCGAGCCUGGCAGAAGUCUACUAUGCAACCGUGUACUGGAUGCCUACUGAAAAAACAGUGCAAGUCAAAAAUGUACUGGACAGGAAUGGGGACGCCUAUGGCUUUUACAAUGACUCUAUGAAAACCACAGGCUGGGGCAUCCUGGAGAUCAGAGCGGGGUAUGGUUCUCAGACCCUGAGCAAUGAGAUCACCAUGUUUGUGGCUGGCUUUUUGGAGGGUUACCUCACUGCCCCACACAUGUAUGACCACUUCAUUAACCUCUACCCGCAGUUGAUUAAGAAACCUUCCAUCGUGGAUAAAGUGCAAGAUUUUAUGGAGAAGCAAGAUCAGUGGACCCGGAAAAACAUAAAAGAUUACAAGGAUGACCCAUUUUGGAGACAUAUAGGCUAUAUUAUGACACAACUGAAUGGGCUGUAUGUAGGAGCAAUGAGGAGGGCUAAGUUAGAAAGGACAAAGCCCAUGACCCUGUUCCAGAUUCAGUUCCUGAAUGCCGUCGGAGAUCUGUUGGAUCUGAUUCCCUCGGUUUCUCAAACAAAAAAUUCCAGCCUGAAGGUUUUUAAAAGAUGGGACAUGGGACAUUGCUCUGCUCUUAUUAAGGUUCUUCCCGGAUUUGAGAACAUCUUUUUUGCUCACUCAAGCUGGUACACAUACGCAGCCAUGCUCAGGAUAUAUAAACACUGGGACUUCAACAUCAAAGAUAAAGACACCAGCAGUUGUCGCCUCUCUUUCAGCAGUUACCCAGGGUUUUUGGAGUCUCUGGAUGACUUUUACAUUCUUAGCAGUGGUUUGAUAUUGCUACAGACCACAAACAGUGUGUAUAAUAAAACCCUACUAAAGCUUGUGGUACCCCAGUCUCUCCUCGCAUGGCAAAGAGUUCGUGUGGCCAAUAUGAUGGCAAAUGAUGGAAGGCAGUGGGCAGAGAUCUUUUCAAACUACAACUCUGGCACCUAUAACAAUCAAUACAUGGUCCUGGACCUGAAGAAGGUAAAGCCGAAGUACAGCCUUGACGCAGGCACUCUCUACAUUGUGGAGCAAAUUCCUACAUAUGUAGAAUAUUCUGACCAAACUGAGGUUCUACGGAGAGGAUAUUGGCCCUCCUACAACAUUCCUUUCCAUGAAAAAAUCUACAGCUGGAGUGGCUAUCCAAUGCUAGUUCAGAAGCUGGGUUUGGAGUACUCCUAUGAUAUGGCUUCACGAGCCAAAAUCUUCCGGCGUGACCAAGGGGACGUGACUGAUAUGGCAUCCAUGAAAUAUAUCAUGCGAUACAACAAUUAUAAGAAGGAUCCUUACAGUAAGGGCGAUCCCUGCAAUACCAUCUGCUGCCGUGAAGACCUGAACUCACUUAACCCAAGUCCUGGAGGUUGCUAUGACACAAAGGUGGCAGACAUCUACCUCGCAUCCCAGUAUACAGCCUAUGCCAUUAGUGGUCCCACAGUACAAGGUGGCCUCCCUGUUUUUCACUGGAGCCAUUUCAACAAAACUCUCCACAAGGGCAUGCCAGAGACCUAUGACUUUGAUUUUAUUACCAUGAAACCAAUUUUGAAACGUGACAUAAAAUGAAGGAGGGAGUUGAGGGAAUAGAAGGUUGCAAAUAAGAUUCCAAAGGCACUAUUUUAGCUAUGUUUUUCCAUUCAGAAUUAGUCUUAAUAAAGUAUAUUAAAUUCAGCCUGUCA